AUGCAGAAACAUGUGUUCGGCGAGGUUGCUGCACUGAUCUAUGUUGUCGAGUUCCAGAAACGGGGUUUGCCUCAUGCACAUUUCCUGAUCAUACUCAAACCGGAUUUCAAAAUCAAAACUCCAGCUGAUUAUGACAAGUUCGUGUGUGCUGAAAUCCCCUCCUUGGAUAACCCAAGUCUCAGAAAUAUCAUCCUUAAGCAUAUGAUGCAUGGCCCUUAUGGCCAAUUAAACUCUCACUGUCCUUGCAUGAAGCGUAAAGGAAACAAGGUGCGUUGUAAGAGUGGGUAUCCGAAACAAUUUUGCACUGAAACAACCAACAAUACUGAUUGUUUCCCUAUGUAUAAGAGAAGCGACACCGGCGAAACAGUUUCCAUUCGAAGGGCGAACUUGGAUAACAGGUGGGUUAUUCCAUAUAAUCCAUACUUGUCGUCCUUGUUUGACUGCCAUAUCAACGUCGAGGUUUGUUCGAGCAUCCAGGCAGUCAAAUUCUUAUACAAAUAUGUCUACAAGGGCCAUGAUAGAAUCUCGUUCAAUGUUGUGCAAGACGGUGAACAAAGGACUGUUGAUGAAAUAGAGCAAUACUAG